UUGUAGGUCCUUCGGUAUUCUUUUUUUCAUCGCCAUCUGCAUCUAGGACAUGUUUGCGCGGUUCUUUCCAUUUUACAAGUAAUUUGGAGGCAUACUCAGAUACAUAUUUGGGCCAAUUUGAACUAUCCUUCGAUAGUGAAUUUAAACUCCGGGAGGCGAUUCCAAAGAGAUCUUUUUCUGACAAUACCG